CCCCCCCCCCCCAAAAACACGCGCGCGCACACUCUCCGGUUCCAUUCUUUCCCAUCUCGGCGGCUCGCGAUGCCUCCGUGGCGCCGCGCCUCCGCCUCCCCGGGCCCCAGCGCCGCCGCCGCUGCAUCUUCCUCGGAGCCCGCGCGGCCGCUAGCCGGCGGCAACGCGAGGGUCUCGCCGGAGGUCCCCGCCGAGCACGAGGGGGGGGUGGAGGAUGGGCGGUGGUCGGCUCUGGUCCCCGAGCUGCUCGCGGACAUCCUGCGGCGCGUGGACGCCGGCGCCGAGAGGUGGCCCGGGCGGCGCGACGUGGUGGCCUGCGCCUGCGUCUGCCGCCGGUGGCGUGAGGCAGCCGUCGCCAUGGUGCGGCCGCCGCUGCAGUGCGGGGGGAUCACGUUCCUCGCCUCGCUCAAGCAGCCUGGACCUAGGGAUGCGCCAAUGCAGUGUUUCAUCAAGAGGAACAAGAAAAAAUCGACUUUUCACCUCUAUCUCAGCUUAACACAAGCAUUAACAGGUCAAGGGAAGUUUCUGUUGGCGGCUCGUAGGAACAGGUGUGGGUUUCGCAUGGAGUAUAUUAUCUCUACUCAGGGUGAUCUCUCUCAUGGAAGCCAUGUUGGAAAGCUAAAGUCCAACUUCACAAGAACAAAGUUCACCGUUUAUGAUUGGCAACCACAAUAUGAAGGUGCUAAGGUGUCAAGCAGCAGAUGCAGACGCUGGCUUGCAAGCAAACAAAUAAACCCACUCGCUUCUAGUGGCAUUGUUGACAUUGGAGAAGUGUCCUAUGAAUACAAUCUUCUCAAAUCAAGAGGACCGAGAAGAAUACACUGCAGUAUCCAGUGCCCUGCCGAUGAGGGUACUGCAAUAGAUCCAGAAGAGGCUAAUCAACCCAGCAGCCCUAGUUCCUUGGUUCUGUACAAUAAACUUCCACGAUGGCAUGAGCAUUUGCAGUGCUGGUGUUUGAACUUUCAUGGCCGGGUUAUGGUUGCCUCUGUGAAGAAUUUCCAACUUAUUGCACCUGCGGGCACCGGGGAGCCAUGGGGUGUUCAGGAUGACGAGACAGUGAUACUUCAGUUUGGAAAAGUUGAGGAUGAUGUAUUUACAAUGGACUAUCGACAGCCUCUGUCCGCAUUCCAGGCAUUUGCAAUCUGCCUCACCAGUUUUGGCUCAAAGUUGGCUUGUGAAUAGGUGUCUAUGUAUUUUAUCAUGCUUAUGAAUUUUACGGGUAGCCAUGAGCAAAACUAGGUUAUCAGCUGAUUCUUGAGAAAGGGAAAUACACCCUUUGAUGGUCUCCCCAUCAGUCUGCUGUAACAAACAUGUUCCUCUAUUCUGACGAGAAUGCUCCAAUAAUGAGAUUUGAUUUAAUCAUAUGGCAGCUUUUGAGA